GUUAGACAGAUAUGAGCUAUAAGAAUACUCAACAGUUGGAGAGAAACAAGAAGCCAAAUAUCAUUGAUGGCAAAUAUGUUCAGGAAGAGGAAGAAGGUAACAUCGCCGAAGAAUUCUCCUCAGAUGGAAACCCAGACAUCGAUGAUGAGGACAUGGAGGAAUUCAUGGAGUAUGAAGAGGAAUUCGAAGCGAGGCAAUCUAUCUCUAGUAGAGGCAGCCAAGCUCGCCCUUCGAAAAAUCAUGCCUUAGAUCGAGAUACUGGGGCAGGAGGAAAUCAUGGGGCUAAAGUAGUUGGAAGACAAAGUAAUUAUCAACCCCAAGUCAACCUUCACAACUACCAUGAGUCCUACGAAGGAGAGGAGAACUUUGGUGAAGGAGAAUCAUCUGGAAUUAUUGAAGAGAUUGUAGACGAGCAAGUAGUUGAAAUUGAAACUGAGAAUGAGGAGGAAUUAGACCAACACGAAGGAAAUCAAAACCGAGAAGUUGAUCAGUACCUCAAUAAUAUCAACAGAGAUGAAUAUGUAAACAGGGAUGAAUAUCAGGAGUAUGACGAUCCAGAGAAUGAGCCAUCUCCAGACCAGCAUCAGAGAGAAAUGGAGGGAAAUUAUCACCAUGAAGAGCCAGAUUAUGAUCAAGAAAAUAGAUAUACAGAAGAAGAAAAUGGUUACAACCAAGAUAACAAAGCUCAUUACCAAGAAGAAGAUGAAAGAUAUGAUGAAGAAUAUAAUCAACAAGAAAAACAAUAUGAAGAGGAUCCUCAGCAGUAUGAGCAAGAAGAUAAUGGUCUUGAUAUGGAGGGCCAAGAAGCUCAGAAUUACGAGCAAAAUAAUAAUUACCACCAAAUGGCUGAAAACCAAUAUAUGAUGGAGAACUCUCCGAUAGCUGAAAAUCCUUUGGAAGAAGAACUGACUGGAUCUCCCCAAAUUUAUGAGGCUCCAAGAGCCGUAAAUCCUAAAUACAGAAGAAAGUAUCAAGGAAUCAACACAAACGAUAAAAGCCAUCUGGUAUGGGAAAGAGAAAGAUUAGAAAGAAAAAGAAUUGAAAGAGAAAUGAAAAGAGCUAACUUAUGGACAAACCAAUAUGACACUAGAGAUAUCGACUGGAAUCCUAAUAUUAACCCAAAGAGGGCUGCAUAUAACGCUAAAGAUCCUAAAAGAUCAUCUCUUUGGCAUUUUAGUAACACUUCCAGCGUUCCAAUGUUGUCUACUGCUUCUUCAGUAAAAUCCUUAACUUCGGGGAAAAACCAAAGAUCAAAAUAUGAUCCUAAGGAGGCUCAAUCUAAGAAAGAUCAUACCAUUAACAAUGUAUUUCACCAAAGCUCUUAUCAGAAUGUCCUUUCUGGUAAGGAUGGAAACAUUUCUGCACCUCUCUCUCACGUGAGUCUCAAGAAGGAUCUUGGCAGAGCUUUCAUGACCCCAAUAGAUAAUAGAUACAUGAAUCAGACAAGUGUCCAAGCUGGCAGGCAGAGGAUGUUUCACUCUUCGAAUGUUUUCUAA